GCGGCGGAUGUUGAUGUUUUGUUUCGGAGCGGAGCGAUGUGAGCCGUCUCUCCCCGGGACUGCUGGCUAUUCCGCGGCCGUUUUCCAGACCCCUUUCUGCGCGCUCUUGCCCCCGGGGUGAGGCCUCGCUGACCGCGGGGCGUCGUGUCUCUCCCGGCGUCCCUCCCGGGAGGCGCGAUGAUGGAGGACUUUGACGAGAUCUACGAAGAGGAGGAGGAGGAAGAGGAGGACGAGGACAGGGCCGCGGAGGAGCAGCUCCUCAAGUACGCUCCGGACCCGGUGGUGGUGCGGGGGUCCGGCCACGUCACUGUGUUUGGGCUCAGUAACAAAUUUGAAUCAGAAUUUCCUUCAGCACUCACGGGAAAGGUGGCGCCCGAGGAAUUCAAAGCCAGCAUCAACCGUGUGAACAGCUGCCUGAGGAAGACGCUGCCGGUGAACGUGCGGUGGCUGCUGUGCGGCUGCCUCUGCUGCUGCUGCACGCUGGGCUUCAGCUUGUGGCCCGUUAUCUGCCUCAGCAAGAGGACGAGAAGAUCGAUAGAGAAACUUUUGGAGUGGGAGAACACCAGACUAUACCACAAGUUGUGUUUGCAUUGGAGGCUAAGUAAAAGGAAGUGUGAAACCAACAACAUGAUGGAAUAUGUAAUCCUAAUAGAAUUCCUACCUAAGAUCCCCAUCUUCAGACCGGACUAGGCUGACUGCAGCUGAAUUCUAAUCUCCACUGCUGCCCAGCUGAGUCACAAUGGCUGUCAAGCUCCCCAAUUUUAACCCUUGUUAAAAUUACUCCAGUAUUUGUGUUUACACUGAUCCUCCCAUUUUUCCUCUUGGACCUCUUCCCUUCCUCGCAGACCUUCUCUUUACAGCCUUGUUUACAAAUCCAGCCGCCCUACACCUGUUCUUGGAGUGAGUCCCACUUUAAAGCGGUGACCUAUUGGGCAACCCGGCACAUGGCCUGCUGCCUGGCACCAGGAGAGGACCAGCAGUGGGAAGUGCUCGUGGAUAUUGGAACUAAAGCUGGAUGAUGGACUCUCUAAUGGAGUUCUCUGAGCCACAACUGGAAUAUUUGUCACUUUUUUUUUUCUUUUUGUUCCCAAACCUUAAGCACACGACAAUUAGAACAUCAUAAACACUUUAAUAUAUCACACCGCCGGCAUCACCUGCAAAAAUACACCCCAGUGCUUUUUGUAACAGUUGGUUUGGUGCUCGACGUCCUGCGGGAGCAGCGGGACUGACCGGGAACUCCAGAGGAGUCUUCAUCCAAAUCCACGGAGUGGCGGACAGGGUGGUUUUUACAGGGACUCUUGGGGCCAGAGGCCAGAACAGCUGAACUCUACGGCGUCGCCUUUCACCUCCCAGACAUCCUCCUCUCAUUCACGUCUCCGCACUCCACUGUGCGUCACGCUAACCCAGUGACAAUCACACACUCUGACUGUACUGUCCGCAGUAUGAACGGCUGGAUUUCGUCCGGGUGACGGGUGGGCUGUCUGCCUCCCAGCGUCUUCUGGGUCUCAGUGGAACAGUCAGCUGGGAAAGAGGCCACUGAAGAUAUAAAGAAAGAAACGUUUGUUUUAAUACCUUUUUUUUCUUCUUUUUUUAAUAUCUCAAAUUUUGUUUACUUUUAUGUUGAGGCAGUUGAUGCUCUUGAAAAGUGUGUAUGGAUGUGUGUGUAGCGGCCCCCUUGGAAUCUCCCAGACGACGUCGAUGAGCAGAGAGUUUCAACAGAUGUUUCUUUAUUUCUUCACAAGGAAGAAUUACAAUGAAAUCCAUGAACACCGUGAAAACUACAAGAAAGAAUAAAACAAAACCCAAUCCUUCCUUUUAGUUUCACAAAGAUAAUAUACAACUGAUUUUUACACAAAUCCAAACAAUCCAUACAACUAAAUACAUUCUCCAGGGUUUAACCAACACAAUAUGUGCAAAUAAAUAAAUGAAUAAACAAACAAGGACACCCCAAAGCAAAACAACUCCCCAUUUCCCACGAUAGACAAUAUACAUUUUCACCUCGUUUCUGCCUUUCCAAGGCGCCGGUUUGUUCAGCCGUUGGUUAAUUGUUUUCGGAUGUUUCAGAUUCUUAGGAUUCUUAAUAAUUGACUAAAAGUACAGACAUGAACAACAAUAAGUAAAUGACAUUAAAAUUGUUACUAAACAAUUUACCAUAUCAAUCAAUAAAUAUUCAAAUGUAUUUGUAGCGAAAUGUUACCGAUCUCUUCCGAGCAAGCGCCUCCGCGGAGCCAUAGCAACUGACGCUUUACAAAAAAAAAAAAAGAGGGGGCUCAACGGAAGAGAAACGGUGUCCUUC